ACGCAUCCCGACGCGGCCACGCCCGCCGCGGGCACGCGCGGCGGGCUCUGCUCGCUCCUGUCUGCCCGCGCGCCCGGCACGCACCCUCGCGUCGCGUCCUUCCUGCCCCUGCGCCGCGCCCUCAUCGUCUCCCUCCCCCGCCCCUCAAAGCCCACCACCACUCCCCCACGCCACCCACCCCACCCCACAGCACCGCGCGGCGCCCGAGACCCAGUCCCCUAGCCUCACCUUCCACCUCCCAAUUCGACACCACGAGAACAGGGCAGCCAGGCGGCCGGCAAGGUCCGAAGACUGCCGGGGAAGCGGGGGGUUGCCGUGACCGGGGCUGCGGCACUUGGAUGAGAAGGGCGGCACCGGCGGCGGCGGCGGAGGAUGCGGAAGGCGUACAGGGACUCCAUCAAGGUGCUCGAAGCUGACAUCCAGCACGCCAACACCCUGGCCUCUGAAUUUCCCAGGGACUAUGAUGGCGCGUGCCUGCAGAUGCGGCUGUCCUACAGCCCUGCAGCGCAUAUAUUCCUCUUCUUGGUCCAGUGGACUGACUGCAGCCUUGCUGGGGCGCUUGGCCUGCUGAGAAUUCUCAUAUACAAGGUUUAUGUUGAUGGCACGACAACCAUGUCGACUCACGAGAGGAAAGCCAGCAUCAAAGAAUUCUAUGCUGUGAUAUUUCCUUCUUUGCUGCAACUGCAAAGGGGGAUCACUGACGUGGAGGACAAGAAGCAGAAGGCUGUGUGCAUGGAGAGGUACAGAAAGAAAGAUGAGGAUGAACGGAGCAGCUUAUCUGAUAUUGACAUUGAGAGGGAAGAAGAGUGUGGGAUUUGCAUGGAGAUGAAUAGCAAAGUUGUGUUGCCCAACUGCACACAUGCUAUGUGUCUCAGAUGUUACCAGGACUGGAAUUCAAGAUCGCAGUCGUGCCCAUUCUGCCGUGACAACCUGAAGAAGACUUGUCCUGGUGACCUGUGGAUCUAUGUCGAGGACCAAGAUGUGGUUGACAUGGAGACGGUGUCAAGUGAGAACCUCAGACGGCUGUUCAUGUACAUAAGCAAGCUGCCUCUGAUUGUCCCAGACGUCAUCUUCAGUGUUUAUGAUUCCCACAUAAAAUGACCGUGAUGCCGCCUCCUCGAAGUCCAUCAGUCAGUGCUCAAUUCUGGUUAAUCUUAUGUCCCAUGUUCUCCAUUUCCAUGCUUUGCUCGAGCUUUUGGAAGUGCCUGAAUUGCUGGGGAGUCGCAAGCCGCCCAGUCGUGCUUUAGAACUUAUUUAGUCCCUGCAUGCAUCCUAAAUCAUAUCCAGCCACUCUGUACAGAUCUGACUUGGCUCUGUUAAUAGAGAACUUUGUGCUUGCCCCAAAUGGAGGCAGGCUUUGCCUGUUACCAUCUCAUGUUUCCGCUAGUGAAGUAACAUAAAGGUCUGA